AUGCGGCAGAAGAUUCAUGCUGUGAAAGGCAUUCUACAAGUACCUAAUGAGAUUAGAGAACAGCCACCAUCACAAGAUUUCCGACUCAACAAGGUCUUAGUAAAGGUACAGUCCCCUUUUCAUCCAUCACCUUGCAAUGGGUGUUCGCCAAACAUCCACCCUGGAUUCCACAGAGCACAGUUCAAGAAUGCUACAAAGAGAUCUCACGUCUGCCCUCUAAGCAGGGAGCAGGAGCGGCUGAGCCCAGCCCAUGCGGAAAAGGAAGCCCUGGCGGCGGCGGCGGCGGCGGCGCCUUUCCUCACCUACCUGCAGACCCGCUUCCUUAAGGAACCACCUAGCGAUCCUCCUUCAGGUCCCGGAGGGAAACUCCAGCUUUAUCGGACUUGCAUCGCUUACAAAUCCCAAAUUCGCCUGCAGCAUCCAGUGGUCCCCAGACGGGCGAGAGGUCGGGCGCCCCGGGCUCGUCCGCACGUCCCCGUUCCAGGACCUCUUCUCUCCGCCGAGGGUCCCUCACGCAGGCAGCCGCCCAGCCCGCCCCGUGCCCGUCGCAAGAGCAGCCUCCCGCAUCUGCCCCAAGCCCGGGAGCGCUGCUACGAUCCCGGGCAGGCGCGUCCUCUUGAGGCGCCGGGGCGGGCUGUGAAGGGAGGCGAGGAGAAAAGGCAAACGCCGAGUAACGCGGAGCCGCUACGUCGAGGGAGAGGCCGGUCCUCCUCCUGGCGCGCUUCCUCCGCGCGGUGCGGGGCUGCGGUGCCGACGCCUCCCUCCCCGGGGGAGUUGCUUUUCCCGCCUCUCCCGGGAGGCGCGAGUGGACGGGUGGGGAUCCUUCCCGGGGAGCUGAAAUCCCAUCCAGGAAGGCGGCAGAAACCCGAAAGCGAGCGGCUGGCCGAGCGGAGAGCGGGAAAAGAGUGCGGCGCCAGGCUCAGGCUGGCUCCCCUUCUUCCUCUUCUCCCGCUCGCUUCACUCCACUCCUUUCUUCGGGCUGGGGAGAGAGCGCCUGCUGGCAGAGGCGGGAAAAAGGCAGCCGCCUCCAUAUGCUGGCCUCUGUCUCCCUCCAGCGUUUGUCUUCUUCUUUGGCGAUCACUCGACAGUCAGUUCAAAUGCCAUGAACACUGCAUGGAGGAGAACACUGAAAAUGCUUCUUUGUGGAGACACUUCAGCUUGCCAGAUGGAUCUGCCUGGUCAACUAGAGUUCCUCCACAUCCUUCCCAGCGGUCGGAUCCAAUUGUUCUGCCGCAAGUUAGGAGUGCGAAGGUGUGCCGUAUGCAAAUAGAGUACCGACUUCAGUUUCUGCUGAGUAAGUCUAAUAUUAAAUUAUGCUAAUGAGCGCUCAUGUGUCUUGGUAAUGCUGCUUCCUUCGUCAGCACCACAAGAGGUGACCAAAUUAGGAUGACUUAAAUGGGUUAGAGGAAAAAGCAUUUGUGUGUUCCAGAGUUCCCAAGUUCCUUUUACAAACUUGGGGAGAGUUUCUAACUGACCAAUAAGGACUGUCUGAUUCCUUAUAGUUCCUGGUGGUUCUCCACACCCCUGAAGUUUGGUUGGCCUUCACUAGGGACAGAUCCUGCCCUGUGAAACUCCCUACCAAUAGAGGUUCCGUAGGAGCCAACCCUCCCUCCCUUCAGAUGUCUUUUGAAAACUAUCCUGUUUAGACAGGCCUUCGUAAUAUGGAUUUUCUUUUUUAACCAAUCAGUAUUUAUCAGUGUUUUUAAUGAUGUUUUUCUAUGGAUACUUUUAUUUGUUUUAUUUUCCUAUGUUGCAUACCGCCUUGAAAUAUUAACCGCAAAUUACCAGCUGUAGCUUUCUUACGCUGUGCUCAUCAGCUUUUGGCUUUGAAUACUGUUCCCAGGCAAUGUGGGAGGGUUCAGAAGCAAAAAAAGGCUAGGAGCAAACUUAAAUUGACAGCAGAUCUGAGCUCCUCAGUAACACCCAUCCCCUAUCACUAUUAUCAGACAACACUGGCAUAAGGUAGGCUUGCAAUAUGUCAGGUACCAGCAGAAAUUGGAAAUUUUUUAGCAGUGGCAAUUAGAAUAAGGUCUAGUAUUUAAUUACAGCGGUUCUUUGGGUUAAGAACUUAAUUCGUUCUGGAGGUCUGUUCUUAACCUGAAACUGUUCUUAACCUGAAGCACCACUUUACCUAAUGGGGCUUGCCGCUGCACCGCUGCUGCGCGAUUUUUCUGUUCUCAUCCUGAAGCAAAGUUCUUAACCCGAGGUAAUAUUUCUGGGCCGGCAGAGUCUGCAACCUGA